AUGGCAGCAUCCCAGAAGCCAACAGAAAGGGUGGUGUCGUUGUGUACCCCGACGACGGCGGAGACCAUGCUCGUGUUCGAUAUCGCCGGGUACAGCCUGCACAAGGGCAUCAGCGCCGGCAAAUUCAUCCAGUCCAACCCCGUCUCUGUUGGCGGCUAUGAGUGGUGCAUACGCUACUACCCUGACGGAGACGCAAGCAAGGAGAGCGAGGACCACGUGUCGGUCUACCUGGAGCUCCUGACCAAGGGCGCCAAGGCAAGGGUGAUCUACGACCUGAGGCUGGUCAACCAUGAAAUCGAUCUGACCACGGGGAGGUGCUGCCCGAAAUCGCCGACAGAGUUCGACUCCCUCGACGCAUCCAUCCUUGGGAGAAACAAGCAGCUCAAGAAGAAGAGAAGCGAACUAGAGAAGUCUCCAUUCCUGCGGGAUGACCACCUCAUGAUCGAGUGUGCCCUCACUGUGAUCAAGGAACCACUUGUGGAGGAGACCGUUAAAAUCCGGGUGCCACCCUCAGACUUGGCAGAUAAUCUUGGAAAAUGGCUAGAGACGAAGGAGGAAACAGAUGUGACAUUCAAUGUUAGAGGGGAGACCUUCCAUGCGCAUAAGAUCUUGCUUGCGAUGCGGUCACCGGUCUUCAAGGCCCAGCUCUAUGGACCGAUGGGAGACAGGACGGCGCGGAACAUAACCGUGGAAGAUAUGCAGCCUGAUGUUUUCAAGGACUUGCUUGACUUCAUCUACU